CUUAUUUGCUUUCGCUCUAAGCACAAAAAGAAUAAUAAUUAUGGUUUUUUUUACCUUUUAUUAAGUCCCUGAAGCAAUGGCUAGGAGUUCGUUAUGAGGAUUAGGCUAAGCAUAUUAUGAGAUACUGAUUCCUACAAUAAGUUUUCUCUUCAUAUUCCUCUUGUACUUUUCAGGUCCAAACCGCUAUUUCCACAGUACCAGAAUAACUACAAUAAUAGUAUAAUAAUACAACUCCUUUGUGCACCCUUCAAGUUAUAAUAAAGAUUGCAGAUUCAACUACACGCCUGUUGUUCUAUCUUUACUGCAAAAGAGUGGUUUCUUGAUUCUCAGUUUUCAGUUUUCAACUUCUUUUACUGCCACUGAAGGGAAAUAGUUUGGAGUUUUGGAUUUCCUUUUAGCAGAGUUGAAUAACAAAUUAGCAAGAUGAGGGCCAGUUUGUGAGUGUUCUGGUUGUUUCUUUUCGAGAUCUGGGUUAAAUGGAACCUCCUACGGGAUUCUGUGCUACUUUGUGGAGCUUCAUUCGGUUUCUUCCUUUCUUCAUUGGGCUUUUGCUUCUUGGCACCAUCAAAGGAAUCCUUCUCUGCCCAUUGAUAUGUCUACUAAUGACAGUUGGGAACUCUGCUAUCAUUCUUGGACUCUGGCCAGCACAUCUUGUUUGGACAUAUUACUGUGUUGUGAGUGCUAAACAAUUAGGGGCUGUUCUGAAGCUUGUUAUUUGUAUAUCUGUGCUACCGGUGCUGCUUAUUUCAUGGCCAAUUGUUGGAAUUGUUGGAAGUUUUGUAGCUGGAACAGCCUAUGGAUUUCUUUCGCCAAUAUUCGCUACCUUUGAAGCUGUAGAUGAAGGAAAAGAGGACAAACUUUUCCAUUGUUUUGUUGAUGGCACGUGGAGCACUAUUACAAGAAGUUGCAUGGUUGUCAAGGAUGUAAAAGAUGUUUGUUUCCAUUCUUAUUUCUCGGUUAUGGACGACCUACAACAAAAGGGACCACCAGAUGUAAAAUACUAUGAGAUCAGGCUGCUUUAUCUUCCUGGUGCUGCAGUAGCUGCAGCUAUUGGAAUCAUAGUUGAUGUGCCAGUUAUAUCAUUUGUUGCUCUAUGCAAAGGCCCUUUCAUGCUUGUUAAGGGUUGGCACCGAUUGUUUCAUGACCUCGUUGGCCGUGAAGGUCCUUUUUUGGAGACAAUAUGUGUACCUUUUGCUGGCCUUGCUAUCCUUCUAUGGCCAUUGGCAGUUGCUGGGGCAGUUCUGGCAUCCAUGAUGGCAAGUUUCUUUCUUGGUGCAUAUGCAGGUGUUAUUGCAUAUCAGGAGUCUUCUUUCGUGUUGGGCCUUCAAUUCAUCAUUGCAGCUAUGGCCCUUUAUGAUGAAUACAGCAAUGAUAUUCUUGACAUGCCAGAAGGAUCCUGCUUUCCUAGGCCUCAAUAUCGGAAAAUGGUUGACUCAUCAAAGAGAACUGCACAUUCAAAUUCAUUCUCAAGACACAGUGGCUCCUUACGAAGGGCGCCUUCUCGUUCAUCAUCAAUAAAAAAUAAUAUUGUUGAGUUGAAAUCACUUGAGCUGUUGGAUGGCUUAUUUAAGGAAUGUCGCCAUGUUGGAGAAAAAUUGGUUUCCGAAGGUCUAAUAACACCUAAAGACAUUGAAGAAGCUAAGACUAGUAAAGGGAGUCGAGUUAUAAGUAUCGGUUUACCUGCAUAUUGCCUUCUCCAGGGGCUGUUGCGCUCUGCAAAAGCUAAUGCCACGGGUAUAUUGAUAAAUGAUAGUACCGAACUGACUACCACAAACAGACCAAGGGAGAAAUUUUUUGAAUGGUUUCUUAAUCCUCUUUUGAUAAUUAAAGAACAAAUCAGAGCAGAACAACUUUCUCCCCCAGAAGAGGAUUACCUAUGCAAACUAGUACUUCUGAGUGGGGAUUCAGAGAGGUUGAAAAAUUCCAGUACUGCUCCAGCCCCUGAAUCUGAGGUCAAACGUGCUGAGCUUGAUGCAUUGGCUAGAAGACUUCAAGGGAUCACCAAAUCUAUGACAAGGUUUCCAACCUACAAGCGCCGCUUCGAUGAUCUUGUAAAACAAUUGUCGGAUGAUUUUGCUGAGAAGCAUGGAGUGAAAACAAUGUCCAGAUCAAAGAGCGCAUUUGCUCAGAUGGUUAGCUUCAAAUCCUUAAAGGGACCAAGAAAUAAUGGUUCCAAUCAAGGUUCGGAAGAUGUAAAAGAUGUAGAAAUAGAAGGCCCUUGAUUGAGAAUUUCAUGCUAUUAUCAUUAACCCAAAGAAACAAAUUAGGUUAUUGCUCACUUUAGUCCCUGUAGGUACAUGAUUGUAUUAUUUUGGUUCCUGUAGGAUUUAACGAGUCAAGAUAGUUCUGUUAGAUAGCAAACAUGAGUGAAGUUAGUGUCAUUAAAGGACUAAUUUAAAUCAUGUUUGUUCCACAAUUACUAUUUUGAUUCAUUAAAAUCUAUAGAAACCAAAUGAGUCACACGUGUAUUUGUAGAGACCAAAGUGAACACAAACUCAGAAACAAAAUAUCAUGCCGCAGGUGUACAGUAGUCUUCAACUCCAUUUUGGAUAGAAGACUGAAGUGUAAUUGAUACACUUGUUCAUGUUACUGAAACGUAUUUCAGCAUGAGUGAUGAUGCUUUCAUAUUGAAAAAAUGAAAAGUAUAGGAAUGUACCAAUUGAUUGAUAAUGUAUUCAUGUUUUUUUAGACCAUAUGGCUGUGAUCCAAAAGUCAAUGUAUAACAGUUUUGUAGCA